UGCAGUCUAGUCUCCAGGGCACUGAGUGGUUACUGUCCCUUCGCUCUGAGCAAGGUCAGCUCUCAUGAACAGGAACUGAAAGAGAUAAAGGGUCUCAGUUAAGAGAGAAAAAGACCAUCCCACAGACCAGGAGGCUAGAAAAAAGGGAGAGGAAGCCAUGACUGCUUCCACAGAGACAGUAGGUCAUCCAUCCAGAAGUGCUAGCCACAGGUGGAAAAUACAGCCAAAGGAAUUUAGGGCGAUCUUUGACCCCAGUGCAUUUCCCAAGGUGACCUACCUACUCUAUGAAAUUAAGUGGGGCAGCAGCACCAAGUUCUGGAGGAAGUGGUGCCCAAACACCCCCACCCAGCAUGCCGAAAUAAACUGCCUGGAAAAUGACUUCAGGGAGAUACACCACAGGCCUUCGGUGCACUGCUCCAUCAUCUGGUUCCUGUCUUGGAGCCCCUGUGGGCUGUGUUGCAGACUGAUCAUUCACUUCCUACAGGCCCACCCCAAAGUGACCCUGCAAAUCUACAUAGGGCGGCUCUUCAGGCACAGAGAUGAACGGAACCAACAAGGCCUCAGGGACCUGGUGAGCAGUGGAGUGAACAUUUAUAUCAUGACCCUGCCAGCUUACAAUUACCGUUGGAGAAUAUUUGUUGACCACCAAGUCAGAGAAGAUGAUAUUUACUGGUCCUGCUACUUCACUCCAUGAAUGAUAUUCUAUAUGCUUGAAUUCCAGUGUAUCCUACAGGGCCUACCUCCUUGUUUACAGAUUUGGCUGAAGAAUUACACUGGCUCACCUUUUUUCCGACUCAUUUUACAAGAAGCUCAUAGAAAAAUACUCUGGCAAAGUCUCCAUACAGCAAACAGUCACCAGCAGCGACUGAUUUUCAGGCCUAGGCCAUCAGCUGAGCACUGGUACCCAUCAAUGUAUUUUACUGGACCACCGGGCAAUCACAAGCAGUGACCUGUGCUCAAGCCUAGACACAAGUCAAUCAACAGGCUACACCAACAUAUUAGCCUGGAGCACCAACCAUUGUUCAAGCCUGAACCAUCAACAAGGCAAAGAGUUGGCCCAGUCUUGUACCUUGGUGUGUAGCUAUGAUUGGAUGCUUGUAUACAGGUAGGUAUUUUUUUGGAAUAUCUACAGUGCAAGUGAAGAUUGUGAUUGUAGCAAAGGUAGGCAUGCCUGUUUUAUCUCUAAACUGGUGAGAACAGGUAUCAAUAGUAGUGUAGAUGUGGUGACAUGGGCUUCAGUGCAGGUUAGCAACCACAGCACAUACACAGGCUCCCUGGAGCACUUGUACUCUGGUUGCUAGCCCAUGCUGAAGCCCAUGCCAUGACAUCUACUCUACUAUUGUUACCUGUACUCACUAGAUUAAAGCUAACAUGGAUAUGCUUUGCCACGCUACAGUCACACCUUCACUUGCAGUGUAGACAUUCCAAAAAAUAACCACCUAUCUACAAGCAUCCAAUUACAGCUACACACCAAGGUACAAGACUUGACCAUCAACCAAUCAACAGAAUGACUGGCAUCAUCGUUAUACUGACCUGGACCAUGGUCCAGUCUCAUGGAUAGAUGACCCUAAUGUCUUCAAUUCAGUUAACUGAAAUGGGCUAGAUUCUGUUUUCAUCUGAAUUCAGUGGAGUUACUCUAGAUUUCUACCAGUGCAAAUGAGAUCACGGGAGGAGGAAGAGGUGUGUAUUUCCUAAGGAGCAAUCCUUGUACUAGGUACAUUUAGGGAAGAGUGCUUUAGUAAAUUACAUUACUAUAGAUACAACUCAGGUGUGCCUAGUGCCUUAUCAAUGAUCCAUAAUUAGUAAUGAUUUCAAGCUGGAGAUGGAAAGUGGAGAUUUUAAAGUGAGUGCAUUUGUGAAUUGGAGUAACAGCCUCAGCUUUAUAUCCUGCAGAAUUGCAAGUGGCUUUGGGUGACAUCUAAAUACUAGUCUUUUAGACUACGAUGAGUUUUUAACUCCCAUCAACAUUCAGCCAUGCCAGAGAACUGGCUACAUGCUCAGUUGACCCCUGAACCAGUCACAAUCAUUGCUCCAAUUUGUAGGGAAGGCCAGAACUUUCAUAACCACGUUACAACUCUGACACAGUUAACUUCCCCUCUAUAAGUAGGACCCAGAAGCCCAAUCCUACAUACACAAGUAACUGUUGUUGAAUAACUGUUGAAGCCAAUGGGAUGGUCCAUCUGAGUAUAUUUAUUCACAUGGUAAGUGGUUGGAAAACUGGGCCCGAUGUUAAGGGGCAACCAGGUUAGGGGCAAUGGUGUUGCAAACAGAGUCCCCAGGAGGGUUGUAGUUGAAAUGUAGGCAGGGCCUUAUUAGACCAGAUCUUCACUUGCCAGAGAUCAAGGACGUGAAGAGCAUAUGACUAAUGGUGAUGAGAAUGACACAUUCCGAAAACAUAUUUCUCAGAGCUCUGAAUGUGUAUUUUCAAUGUUUAGCUGUAAUUCGGCUCAUAUUGCUUCAAUAUGAUCCCUAAUGAUAUUCCUCAAUUGUGAUAAAUGAAGCGGGGGGGGGGAGAGCUCCCUUUCAUGGAUCCAGCUAGCCAGUUAGCUAUAAAAUCCCUCUUGGUAGCUGUUCUCUACUUGCUUUACCUGUAAAGGGUUAAAAAGUCUCACUGUUAUACAUAAGUAAAAGGAAGUGAAUGGGCACCUCGCCAAAAGAACCAAUGGGAAGGCUAGAACUUUUUAAAAUUGAAACAAGACUCCCCUUUGAAGAGUCUGUGUUGUUCUCCUGGAGAGCAGGGACAGGGCUGAAACUAUGCUGUAAAAAGCUUUAAGCCAGGUAUGAAAAAUCAUCAGAUCAUACCUACAAGCUACCCAUUUAAAACCCCAGAUAUGUAAGUAGAUCAGGAAAU